GAGCAGCUGUUAACAUUACCAAUGCAGUGUUGCCAAACGUAACAAUAUUAAACUAGAACAGAUAAUUUAUGUAAUUCAACCAAACAAUUACUUGGCACAAGUCAGCCGAUAAAGUCAUUAGGGAUAAGUGGAUGACAUUUCGAGUUGAACUUUGUGUUAGAGCCAUUAGUUCCGUUACACAACACAACGGCAGGAAGGAGGAGGACAAAAACAAGAGCCACCACGACGAAAGGCCAAAAGCUCUGGCUCCGUGCUCUUGAAAGUCCCCAUCAAAGUCAAAGAAGUCGUCCAAGAAAGGAAAAAAAAACACAACAAAGAACAAUGCGAAGUGGCACAAAAGAGACGAAAAAGCAAUAUUUGUAAGCCGCCGCACAAAGCCAAAUGAAGUUGGACGAACUAAUUGCCCAAAAUGGGUAGACUUGGGAAAAACACGACGGCGCGAGCGAGAUAAAAGCAGCGCACCAAACCGGACCGAGCGUUCAGUUCAGUUCUCAGCCAUCCGACGAAAACAUCGCAUCUCGGAUCGGAUUGGAUCAGUCGCAGUUUCUGCCUUUUAUCGCAUAUCGCAAAUAGAACGCGAAAAGUCCCGGCUGAACGUUAAUUUUUGCAUACAAUGGAGUACCUGAGCUACGUCUAUGAGAAAAUAUUCGGGGGCCAGGCCGGCGAUGACGACGACACGCAAGGGGCUUUCCACACGCCUCGCAAAGUAAUCUGUUUUGGCAACGUUCUUUUGGACCGGUUGGUUAAGCUGGAGGAUCCAGAGCUUCUCGAGCGUUAUGGCCUCGAGCUGGGUUCCAAGGGAGAGUUGGAUAUUGAAAAACUCAAUCAAUUGGCCACAGAGGCUUCAGAGAGCUCUCAGUGUCUCACGAAUCCUGGUGGCUCAGCCCUCAACACAGCCCGCAUCCUGAAGCAGCUCGGCACGGAUGCCCUCUUCUUUGGCGCCGUUGGCUCAGACAAGCAAGCCGAGGAGCUGCGACGUAUCUUUCGGGAGCGAGGCAUCGAGGCGCGACUACAGACCGUGGAGGAGGGGCACACGGGCCAGUGCGUCUGCCUGAUGUACAAAGAUAACCCCACGCUAUAUGCCAACAUCGGUGCUUCGGCUCAGUUCCAGGUGCAGACACUGAGUCACGCCGUUAGCCACGAGGGCCAGAGCUUUCUGCGACCUGUGGAGCGCAAACAGAUCCUGUACCUGGAGGGCUUCUUCGUGCCCCAGAGGAGCGACGUGUGCGACUAUAUAGUGCAGCACCUGGUGAGGGAGCGCCGACGACUGGCCCUGAAUCUCAGUGCGCCCUAUAUUGUGCGGGAAAAUCCCCAGGCUAUGCUGAAGCUAGCCCGUCUGGCCUUCUUUGUCUUUGGAAACCGACAGGAGUUCGAGGCCCUGGCAAAGGCUGCCGGAGGAUUCGAACACGUGGACGAACUGGCUAAGCACCUACUGCAAGCCAGCGGUCCCAAGGUCAUCUUUGUGACGAAUGGCAGUGCCGGUGUCCAGGUGAUUACCAACUAUGUGGAGGAGCUGGCUCCUGCAGGUCCCAUCACUUUCGAGGAUUAUCGGGCACAGCGAGUGGAUGAGCUGGUGGACUCGACUGGCGCAGGAGAUGCCUUUGUUGCCGGAUUCCUGCACGCCUGGCUGGAGAAGCGUUCGCUGGGCGAAUGCAUUCGGAUGGCGUCCAAUGUGGCCGCCAAGGUCGUCACCCAGGUGGGAUGCAACCUGCCGUAGAUCGGUAGAAUCUACCUGAAUUUGCCUUAAUCUCAGAGAGCGCACAAUCAAGUACCAAAGUAGACUCUUAGUACGUAAUUAUUCGGUUAAUCUCCUUACUUAGGAUAACACUCAUUCAGGUCUUUACUCAAGCAAUGAACUUAGUCGUAAGUUGACUAAAUAAAAAUGAUUUAUUUUGUGACCAAACAAA